AUGACACUCAGUUUGAAGAAGGUCAGAAAACUCGCGACUGAGUCGGCUGAACCAUCGACAUUCGUCCAAAUCGAAAUCAUAAAGCCCAAUGAGCAUAGCGAAGAAAUACUGACCAUCGUCAACACGGAGAAACUCAUUCCAGACCUGCUCAGGGUGGCCGCUGCGGCCAGCAAGUUGAAGGUUCGAGCACAUUCUCAAAUAUCUGGUACCCGUUCAGCCGCUUACUCUUUCUCAUUGCAGAUGGAGAACGUCACUGUUAGUCUGGUGAAGCAGGGCGACACUGCCCAUCAGGAGCUCGUCAUCGAAUACGAGAGUCACAUCGAAGAUGCCGGACCUGCCAAAGCAAUGAAUCCCUCCACUUAUCCUUCCACAUUCAGGUUUACCAAAACGUUACAAGACUGUCAAACAGUUAUCGGAAGGAGCGCUCAGUUCAAAUGCAUCGUCAGCGCUAUGCCACCACCAGAAGUGGCAUGGUACGUCGAUGGGGAUGUUAUUCAGUCUUGCCGGGAGUACGAAAUCGUCUACGAAGAUGGCGUUUGCAUUUUGCGGAUUAACGAGGCGUUGGCUGAAGACGAAGGCGAGUACUCGUGCGAGGCGAAGAACUCGGCCGGCAAGGCGGUUACAAAGUGCUACCUCAAAGUUCUCAUUCAUUCAUGUAGAUCAGCUUACGUUUUGUUUUGUGUUUUGUGCCUUUUGUAUGUGUGUUGUCUGGCGGCUGCGCUUCCCACAUGCAUGACUGAGACUGAGAACGAGCUCUCCCCGCUUUCCAUUUCAGAAGACGAACCACAACCGGCUCCACGCUUCAUCGAGCACGUCCCAUCGGUAGUUGAGCUUGUCGAUGAGGCCGAGGACUCGUUUGAUUCGUUCGAAUGGGAAGAGAACAAGGCCAACAAGCUCUUCCCUUCAGAUACCGAAUCACUUCAUCGCUCCUCAGUCACUUACAACUCUGAGUUCGACCUCUCGCGAAUUGUCAGCUACAAUGAGGACUUGCACGAGACCAAUGCAUUCCACAGAUACUUUGAUACUGCCGAAACCGGGGUCCGAAUCAUGGAAUGGGAGCAGCGCGAGCGCGUGUACGCCUCAUUUCCUAAGCAGACCGGCGGCAAGCGCCCUUCGGCUGCUCAUCUUUUUGCGAUUCCGUCACUACGCGUCACCCACGCCGACGUUCACGAACCCCCUAAAGAGAUGGUAACUGAGUUAGAGAGGAGGCAAGAUUUUGAAGAGGAAGUCAAAAAAGAGGCAGUAGCACCUCGUGAGCCAGAUUUGCCUCUGAAAAUGUCCUACAAAGGGCAGGAAAUUGCCAUCUCAGUGAACGAGAUAGAAAAGGAGGAAGUGAUUGUGAAUGAAAAUGGUGAGAUGAAAAUCUCGAAGAAAACGUGUUUGGAGACCUCUUUCGAAUUCGACACCGAGCUGGAUAUCACGCAGUCGAUUAGAAAAAUCCGUAACGCUCUACCUGAGCAAAACGGUGAUUUCGAUGACAUGAUCGAACUCAGGUCUGACGCAACGACGGGAUAUCCUCUUGGGCCAGUGGUGGCUUCUCCUGUUGUUAGGGAUGGUGUUUCAGGGGUGAGGGCGCCUGAACCCGACAAACUGGACCUGCCUGAAAGACCUCGAGCACAAUCAGUCAAGCCAAAUCCACGUCUUUUCGGUCAAACAGGCAAAUCGGUCUCUGAAGGCGCUGCAAAACUCGAGUCAACAAUGUUUGACCCCGAAUUUCUCAGUAAAAUGAAGGAAAUUGAACGCGUAUUGCUUCGCCAGGUGGACGAGGAGCUUGGCCAUUUGUCGUCGUCACCGCGUCCGACGGCCUCUCCUACGGAAGAUCUUAUGCUAGCUCGUCCCAUCACUGAAGCUCAGGCGGAAGCUAAUGAAGAGCUGCUCAGAACCACCCUCGCCGACAUGAUUCUGAACCCGACGAGAACCGCUGCAGAAGAGAUCGAACUGAUGACACUCCCACCUACCAACUCUCUGAGAAAGAAAAGCUGUCCACCGACCUCGGAGCUUUUCUACUGGAAGAUCGCAGGAAGUCCCAGAAACCGUGUUCCAAGUGCGGAUUAUCUGAGAGUUACCCCACUGACAUCGACCAUAAAGGAUCAGCUAUCCAGUCUCGAAGAAAUGAUUUCCGCUCAAAUGAAUGGAGAAUCCACCACCGAUGACGCGGACGUUUCACAGACCCCCGUAGUGAAAGUGCAAGUCAGAAAAGAAACACAACUACAUGAUCUUUGUUUAAUAUGGUCAAAUAAAUCAAUGAGACCUAAACACAAUCAAAACUACUGCCAGGAAACGAGUUUGUCUCCAAGAAGGGCGACAGACGGUCACAGCGUAAUGGAUUUCAAUCUGGAUGCCUCCGAACUCAAUGUGACGAGCAUAGUAAAUCGUGAUGUCGGGCUGACAAAAAAAGAAACCACCACAUCCAAAGCUUUUAGACAAGCGUGGGAGCGAUGGUCACCACCGAUUGCGUUUUCAGCCGAGCACCUGCAGAAUACCAAACGGAGGUGGUGGUGA